UGUGAAAACAUCCAGAGACGAUGUGCAGGUUCAUUAAGAUGGCUGGUGGUGCAGCUCACACUUGUGGAAUAUUCCUGGAUUACAGCAGAAAGACUUCUUUACUCCUCUGGGACUAGAGGCAGCGUUGCGGGAGAGCGUCUCCUGUUAUGUUCAGCCUGCAGGUUUUAAACACACUCUGCGAGGAUGAGUGCUUUCUACAUCGUGAUUGAAGUCAUAAUCGCAGUUCUCUCCAUAUCCGGCAACAUAUUGGUGUGCUGGGCUGUCGCGAUCAACACCACUCUGAAAAACGCCACCAACUACUUUCUGGUGUCUCUGGCUGUGGCGGAUAUUCUGGUCGGCUGCCUCGCCAUCCCCUUCGCCAUCACCAUCAGCGUCGGGAUCGUUCUGGACUUCUAUGGAUGUCUCUUCCUGGCCUGUUUUGUUCUGGUACUGACUCAAAGCUCCAUCUUCAGCCUGCUCGCGAUCGCUAUUGACAGAUAUCUGGCCGUCAAAAUCCCUCUGAGGUGA